AUGAAAUCGAUUUCUGCACUAUCUCAAAUAAUGAUUUUUGCAAAGGAAUUAGAAAAAACAUCUAUUCUUUAUUCUGUUUGCUUUGGAUUGAAGAUUAAUUUAAUGAGUGACAUUUAUUUGGAAUUACAAGAUUCAAGACAAUUUAAAAUCUGUUUCUAUAAAGUCAAUAAGUUUUAAUUGCAUAAUAAAUAGUUUUGCCCAACAAACUAAAGGAUAUAGUCCAAUUUUAACUUUUAGAGUAUCAGAAUUUGAU